CCUCUCUGGUCACCAUUCGCCUUACUUCGCUUUCGUUGUUACUUUUUCGCGAGCGCCUCUUUUUUUAUUUUGGCUCCCAAAGCCCUUCCGCUAGCAUCCUUGCUCAACUAUUUCCUCGGUAUUUCUCUCGUGUCUGUUCCAAGUUCUUCUUACUUCCUCGUUGAUUCCCUCCGUUCCCUGAUAAGACUACAAUGUGCUAUCUCUAUGCUUUCUGUGUGAUCUUGGGAGUUGGUGCACCUUCGCUUAAGAUUUAGCAGUACAUGCAACAUUCUUAGAGCUGACAACAGAAUGCAUUUAUAUCAUCAUCCUUUUGAUUUGAACAGCCAGAAGGUGAGGCUUGCAUUGGAAGAGAAAGGCAUUGAUUAUACGUCUCACCAUGUCAAUCCCAUUACAGGCAAGAAUUUGGAUGCCGCAUUCUUCGACAUGAAUCCUAGUGGCAAGCUGCCUGUUUUCCAAAAUGGUUCCCACAUCCUUUACGACACUAUUGAUAUAAUCCAGUACAUAGAAAGAAUUGCUAAGGUAUCCUCUGGCGCUGAGGGCAUCAGUAUUAGUGGCAGGGAAGUUGUUGAAUGGAUGAGAAAGAUACAAGAGUGGGAUCCCAAGUUUUUCACACUCUCCCAUAUACCAGAUAAAUAUCGCACUUAUACCUCCAAGUUUAUAAGGCGGGUGGUGAUUGCUCGAAUGUCUGAAUCCCCCGAGCUAGCUGGAGCUUACCACAGGAAGUUGAAAGAAGCUUAUCAGACGGAAGAAAAAUUAAAAGACCCUGAUGUGUUGAGGAGGAGCAAGGAGCACUUGGUUAUCCUUCUUGAUGAAGUGGAGAAGCAGCUUAGUGAAACGCCUUAUUUAGCAGGUCAAGAUUUCACUAUGGCCGAUGUGAUGCUCAUCCCUGUGUUGGCUCGUCUGGUGCUUUUGGAUUUAGAACAUGAGUACAUAGCUGACAGACCAAACACUGCUGAGUACUGGCUGUUGGUUCAGCAGAGGCCUAGCUAUAAAAACGUGAUUGGCAAGUAUUUUGAUGGUUGGAGAAAGCAUAAAAUGUUAUUGAAAACGUGGUGCUGUGUUCGGAUUAGAAGCUUGCUAAAGAAAUACUAGUGAAGUACAUAUGCAUGGCUCGGUUGGCUGAAUAAAUGAAUAGCCUUUUGUAUUUUUUUUUUCCAGAAAAAGGAGUAUUCAUAAUAUACCUUCUUUUUUGUGCCUCAGCCAUACGUGAAGGUCACUUGUCUACCUUAGGCAUGGAAAAGGUUAGUAGUGUUUUCUUCCUUUUUUGGAAUUUGUUCGAGAGUGAGAGGAGGGAGGAAUUAAAGGAUUUGUGGUCUGGCUAAGGCCAAGUGAUUGCCGUUAUACGUGAACAGAGAAUAAGAUAAAGCAAACUUUUGUAUUUGUAAUCA